ACUCCGUCCUCCUCCUCCUCGCUAUCUCCGUCUCAGAAGCACAGGGCGGCCCCGAACAGACGCAGAGGCAGGUCUCCUCGCUGCAGCUCCAGGUGUAUAUCUUCCUCUCUGAGCCACUAUGAAUGUUGUGAACAGCAGCCAGUGGUUCCCUGAGCCAGCCGUCUCCCAGCCCAGCGGGACCCAGUAAAGGACUGGGCUGUACUGAUACUUGGCAGGCAGAGACGGGCCGUAUUGCCCAGAUGAUAAUCACCAUAUUCAUCUUCCUGGUGGGCGUGUCCUUGAACAGCCUAGUGGUGUAUGCGUUGGCCUGGCGUGGGCGUGGCCGCCUGACGAGGCGUGGCAGCUUGGGCGUAGGGGAGACGCGCGGCGCCAGCAGCUUCCGCGUCUACGUGGUGAACCUGGCGUUGGCUGACCUGGUUCUCCUCCUCCGCACCCCGCUGAUGCUGGCGUACCUGGCCCACGGCUGUAGCUGGCCCAUGGGGAAAGUAGCAUGCCGCCUGGUGGUAUUCCUGAGAGGCCUGGGGCUAUACGCCGCAGCCUUCCUGCUGUGUGCCGUGGCUGUGGAGAGAUGCCUGUGUCUCCUCAGACCGGUCUGGUCCAGUCUGAAGCGUCCUCGUUGGGCCGUUCCCCUGGUGUGCGGUCUCCUCUGGGGGCUUGCUGCUACCCUGGCUGCUCCUUACCUCCACACUGCAGACCUGCUGGAGAUCAACGGUACUACCCAGUGUCUGGAAAGCAUGGGGUACAGCACGGGGCUGUUUGUGACAGAGACGGUCGCCGGGUUCCUCCUGCCUUUGACGGUGUUCCUGGUGAGUAACGUAGCCGUGCUGUGGACCGCCGGGAAAGCAGGCGGCGCAGGACCGACCUCUCCGUCCACCUCUUCUUCCUCCUCCUUUUCGGCGACUGCGAGACAGAUGGCCAGGCUGUACCGGGUCCUCUUCCUCACCAUGCUCCUCUUCCUCUCCUGCUGGGUCCCUUACUUUACCUGCCGCUUCCUGCGGGCGCUGGCCGCAGGGCGAACUGACCGGGCGGGACUGUACCGGGCUUCGUUCACGGGGGCAUAUGUCUCUCUUUUCUUGGUGUACCUGAAGAGCUCCCUGAACCCUGUCCUCUACGUGUUCGCUGCACGAGGCCUGGGGCGUACUGUCCGCGCCUCGCUCCCUUCCACCAUCGAGAGAGUCUUCAACGAUGACUUUUCUGACUCCAGGAGUAGACGGACCCUAAGGAGAGAGGAUUCACAGAUCUAGUGCCCUAAAAAAAGCCCCGUUAGGGACCUUACAUAUGGGAGAUUCACAGAUCUACUGCUGGGACCUUGCAAUUUUACUAGCAGACAGUAGAGAUCCACUGUGACUGCUGGCCAACAUGAACUCAGACGUUACAGCUUGCUUCAGCCCUGUCUGGACUACAUUAUUAGGACUAUACUGCAUUAUCUUAGGCUGGGUUGCAGGCUUGCUUCAGCCCUAUCUGGACUACAUGGACUACAUUAUUAGGACUAUAUUGCAUUAUCUUAGGCUGGGUUGCAGGCUUGCUUCAGCCCUAUCUGGACUACAUUAUUAGGACUAUAUUGCAUUAUCUUAGGCUGGGUUGCAGGCUUGCUUCAGCCCUAUCUGGACUACAUGGACUACAUUAUUAGGACUAUAUUGCAUUAUCUUAGGCUGGGUUGCAGGCUUGCUUCAGCCAUAUCUGGACUACAUGGACUACAUUAUUAGGACUAUAUUGCAUUAUCUUAGGCUGGGUGGCAGGCUUACUUCAGCCCUAUCUGGACUACAUGGAUUACAUUAUUAGGACUAUACUGCAUUAUCUUAGGCUGGGUGGCAGGCUUACUUCAGCCCUAUCUGGACUACAUGGACUACAUUAUUAGGACUAUAUUGCAUUAUCUUAGGCUGGGUUGCAGGCUUGCUUCAGCCAUAUCUGGACUACAUGGACUACAUUAUUAGGACUAUAUUGCAUUAUCUUAGGCUGGGUGACAGGCUUGCUUCAGCCCUAUCUGGACUACAUGGAUUACAUUAUUAGGACUAUAUUGCAUUAUCUUAGGCUGGGUUGCAGGCUUGCUUCAGCCAUAUCUGGACUACAUGGACUACAUUAUUAGGACUAUAUUGCAUUAUCUUAGGCUGGGUGGCAGGCUUACUUCAGCCCUAUCUGGACUACAUGGAUUACAUUAUUAGGACUAUACUGCAUUAUCUUAGGCUGGGUGGCAGGCUUGCUUCAGCCCUGUCUGGACUACAGUAUUAGGACGUUAUUGCAUUAUCUUAGGCUGGGUUGCAGGCUUACUACAGCCCUGUCUGGACUACAUGGACUACAUUAUUAGGACUAUAUUGCAUUAUCUUAGGCUGGGUUUCAGGCUUGCUUCAGCCCUAUCUGGACUACAUUAUUAGGACUAUAUUGCAUUAUCAUAGGCUGGGUUGCAGGCUCGCUUCAGCCCUAUCUGGACUACAUUAUUAGGACUAUAUUGCAUUAUCAUAGGCUGGGUUGCAGGCUCGCUUCAGCCCAUUGACGUCAUCAGACCUGGACUUUCGGGGAUUUAGCCCCGAGUCUUGGUGUAAAACAAGCUAGGCUACACUGCAUUACACACUGCAAAGAACACUCCAAACAUGAGGUCUGGCCUGCCUUUCCAGUGCUGCUGCCUAAAACAAACACUUCUGUGUACGGUGGCCCUUUAGGAGCACUAGCGGGGGGGGCCAAUGCCCCUGUGACAACAAUUUUGGACCCCCUUUGUGGCCCCCCCCCUAAAUGUGGAGUAUGAAAUCAUUUUUACAUAACUCAUUUUUUGCUAUCGUUCUUUUUUACAUCCGUUAUUAGACAGUGGCAACGAUGAUGAU